UUCUGUCGCAACAUUACAGCGCGAGAAUUACAAGAAAUCGUGCACCAGACUACAUGUACAUGCCUCAGAGAGUAGAUUAUAUUCGUGCAUUGUGCUCCACGCGUCGGGUGCUCAAAUUCUUCGCUUUUGGUUGUGCAAACGGUACUGAAAUGUCAGCUAUCGAAAGAUCUCUUCGAUCGGUGUUCGUUGGCAACAUUCCAUAUGAUGCAACUGAGGAGAAACUUAAAGACAUCUUCUCAGAGGUUGGUCCCGUCAUCAGCUUCCGUCUAGUCUACGACCGUGAGUCCGGCAAACCAAAAGGAUAUGGUUUCUGCGAGUACAAAGACCAGGAGACUGCACUCAGUGCUAUGCGUAACUUGAAUGGGUAUGAGCUGAAUGGGAGAGCUCUGAGAGUGGACAAUGCAGCUAGCGAGAAGAAUAAGGAAGAAUUGAAAAAUUUGGUCCCUGCUGCACCAGCCAGUGAAUCUCCGUUUGGCGAGGCAGUGCCACCCCAUGAAGCACCUGAAGCCAUCUCCAAGGCAGUGGCCAGCUUACCUCCUGAACAGAUGUUUGAACUUAUGAAGCAAAUGAAGAUGGUGAUUCAGAAUAACCCUGUUGAGGCUAGGAACAUGCUUUUGCAGAAUCCACAACUUGCAUAUGCUUUACUCCAAGCCCAGGUGGUGAUGCGUAUUGUCAACCCAGAAAUAGCAGUGACACUUCUUCACAAGCAAGUCAAUGCUCCUCAGGCCCUGCUACCACCAGAGCUUCCCCAACCUGCCAUGGGUGUACCAACACAGCAACAACAACAACAACAGAUACCUCACCCAAUACAACAACAGCCACAACAGCAAACCAUGUUGGCAGGGCAGGGGCCAGGAGGAAUGAUGCGCCCUUUGUUGGGCCCGAAUGCAAUGGAUAACAGAGGGCCAAUCGACAGCCGUGGACCUAUAAUGCAACAGGGCCCGUCUGGACCAAUAGGAAUGGACCGAAUGGACACAGAGCACAUGGGUCAGCGUGGCAUGCCGUUGGGUCAAGACCGUGGGCCAUUUGAACAUCGUGGCCCGAUGGACCCUCGUGGUCCAGCGCCAGACAUAAGAGGUCAAACUGACCCUAGGUCACAUGACCCCAGACGACCUGACCUGAGAGGUCAGGAUAUCAGGGGUUUUGACAGUCGAGGAGGUGACCCUAGGACUCAGCCGAUGAUGGCUGGCGAUCCCAGGGUCUUGGAAAGAGGAAUGCCGGGUGGACCUCAAGGAGGACCCAGUGGGCCUGGAGGCCCAGGGGGAUUCGGUAACACUCAACCUACACAGCAAGAUCAAGAUAAGGCGGCUCUUAUUAUGCAAGUACUACAAUUGUCUCCUGAACAGAUCAACCUUCUGCCUCCGGAACAGAAAGCAAGCAUUAUGUUCCUGAAAGACCAGAUUGCUCGUAGUCAGGGGCAGAUCCCGUAGAGUGAUCUCAAGGGCCAGUCUCAUGGAACAUCCAAAUUGCCUUAGCUCUGUAGUUUGGAUGAGUAAGUUACCAGGUCAAAUCACCAUGUGAUUUGCACUGCUUGUAACUGGCUCCCACAUGGUUGCUAAGCAAGAAGUUACUUUAUGUGCUAAGCAGUUGUUUCAGCUUCAGUGUCAUGAAAUUCAAAACAUGAUCCUGGAUAUUAAGUCCUGCUUGUAGUGUCGUCUGUUUUUAGUUUUUUUAAGUUUACCUUCAACUGUUUGAAAUGUUGAUGUUGCUUCCGGCAUGCCUUGUCUCCAUUUUCACUUAGCCCCAACCUACUUUUCUUGCUCACCUCUCUGCUCUGCCCAACCCAAACGCAUCCAGCUAGGCUCCACUGUACCACGGAAUACAUUUAUAAAUGUUGUUUCUAGCUUCACAGAGGUAUCCUGACCUCUCUAAUGUAUGAGAGAUGGCGCAACAUCUGAUUGGCAGCUGACAUUAGUUUCCAUCAAAAUUCAAUGUUGUCCUACUAAAAACACCCAGUUGGUUCACAUCCUUCAAAUUUCUGUACUUCCAUACCAGACCUUACAUACCCUUGAAAGACUGGACAUUGUUUUAGAAAUUUUCAAAGGGGGACAAAUGAAGUAAUGCUUCUCUUCAUGCAGGAUUAACUAUAAGCUUUUUGUCUUUAUUUUAAAGGUGAACUACAUCAUUCCUAGGCAUUGUCCUUUGUUUGUAUUUUGAAACAGGCACAAAUAAACGUUGUGUUACACGUAUUACAGACUUGUAUUAAAACCUGAAUUUAUUCCAAUGUGUGAAUUAUCAAAAGUUUUGAUAGGCAAAUUUCUGUUCAUUGUGUCCCGCUUAGCCAAAGGGCCGGAAUCCUUGUUCUGAUUAAACCCUGAGCAAUUAUUUCUGGAUUUACUGACUGAUACAAUCUGCUCAGCUAAAAAGCAUUUCAAUUAUAUAACACCUUUGUAAUGCAUGCCACACAUCGAGCACAAAUAAGUAAAAAAAUACAUUGUGGCUGAGUAUGACUGGAACUGUCCAACUCAGCAGAAUGUUAUCAAUUAGUGCUAUCAUUCCCAGAUUAUAACCCCUACGCUAACUCCAAGUUAGCACACUGAAUCGAAAACCUUUUAAUGUUUGAAAAAAUUACUAUACCUUUUAUGCAGGAUACACAAAUAAAAAUGACUUUAUAUAAAUCUUAAAUAUGCUAAACAGAAGUGUAAAAUGCCAAUACAUGUACGAGAAGUCAAAUGCCAAUAUAUACAAUAUAUGUAUAAAAUGGUAUGAACACUACAUAAAUAUACAUAGGCUACAUGUUGUCAUUAUUGGAACGAACACUAAUUUGUAUCUUUGCUUUUAUGUAGUCCGUGAUUUUUACCCUUUUGUUUCUCCAGAAAUAAGUCUCUGGAACUACAAGUAAUACUUGGUCCAAGAAAAAUUAGAAUAACUUAAGGCAGAGUUCUCAACAGACUUUGAUAUUGUGAUAUGGACAUUCAAAGGAGAACUGAAAGGCACAAUUAUGUGUAUAAUUUGUCUUGUAAAAUUGGUACUCAAGCACAGGACCAAAUUUAAAAUAUUAUAAAACUCUACAUUUACAACAAACACCACCAAGCACAAUCGACUAAAAUUGAAAAUGUAGUUUGGCAUUUUGAAGUCAUCAACCAAACAUCAGUUCAAUAAAGCACAAUAAGGCACUUUCUUUGAAAUGUGAAAAAAAUCUUAAUAUGAAAUUACUACACACUGUUAUAUACUUUGUAAUGCUGGUCAAAUUAUGUUUGGCCACAAUGGUCAUUUGGCACUCUUUCAAUAGAGCUACCUUGGUCUGGUGCCUUGAAGUCACAGUCUCACCAUGACUCACUAAAACACAUAAGUUCUGUCAGAAUUAGGCACUGGGGGCUCAGACAAAUGAUUUUUUGGAAGGACUAAAUACUGUAGCAAGGACACAAGCCGACAAUGUUGGGAGGUAGCUGAUGAAAUUUCUCAUCAAAUGAGAAUCUCGAAGGAACAAGAUGAAGUUCUGCAAGACAGGAAGAGAGGAUGAGUCAAGGAACAAAGCAGGACUCAUGGCUAAUUACUUUC